CCUCUGACAUUACUUUUGCUAGAAAGAACGCACCAGUGUACACUUCUUGAACUAGUGCAAGAAGUUCAGCUGGAAAGAACAAACCUCUAAUUUCAGUGAGCGGGCUUGACUGUUUCUAGACUUCUCUUUGAUACUAAUUUUCCCAACAAUGUUCUAACAACAAAAUCAUUUUAUUGAAAGAUGAUAUCACUAAGGUGUUUUAUAUUAGCUCAGUUACAAAGAAGCAGCUUACUGACUACAACGUUUGUGCACAGGUCUAUAGCUUACGAAGCUAUAGAUAGCUUACGAAGAAGCGGCUUACUGACUGCAACAUUUGUACACAGAUCUAUAGCUCCUGGUAACACAAAUUGUAUUCAGUCAUUUAGGGGUAAGAAAGAUAGUAAUUCAAAUUCACCAGCUUCCUUAUUCCAACCUGUGCCUAUCAAGCCAAACCCAGAUGAUAUAAAUAUAGGUGUUGAAUUGACUGGAGUUCUGAAGAAAACAGAUCUUCUGAAAAUAUUAAAUUCAUUUGUACAGAAGACAGAAAUCAAGGAACUAGCUCAACAAUAUGGAUUGGAUAAUUUCCUUCAGGGACAGGCUUUUGCAAAUUUUAGGCAGUAUUGUUUAAAAACAGAAACAUUACCUGUGGAUCUCCAUAUAGUAUUAAGUGAUAUCCUUCAAGAUGCUGGAAAUGUUACAGAUAUUUUUCCAUAUUUCUUACGCCAUGCUAAACAGAUGUUUCCGCAUAUCGAUUGUUUAGAUGAUCUUAAAAAGAUUAGUGAUCUACGAUGUCCUGCUAACUGGUAUUCUUUAGCAAGAGCAAAAAAUAGGAAAAUAAUCUUUCAUGCUGGACCAACAAACAGUGGAAAGACUUAUCAUGCUCUAGAAAGAUUUAUCAAUUCAAGAAGUGGAGUAUAUUGUGGACCGUUAAGGUUAUUGGUUACGGAAGUGUUUCACAAAUGUAAUCAGAGUGGGACACCAUGUGAUUUAUUAACUGGGGAAGAACGGACAUAUGCUAAAGGAUUCGAUAGUCCGUCAAACCAUUUAUCUUGCUCUGUAGAAAUGGCGAAUUUACAAAAUAAUUAUGAAGUAGCUGUAAUUGAUGAAAUUCAAUUAAUUCGUGAUCUUAACAGAGGCUGGGCAUGGACGAGAGCCCUUUUAGGAAUACCUGCGAAUGAAAUACAUUUAUGUGGUGAAGCUGCUGCUAUAGAUUUGGUAAAAGCUAUAUGCUUCUCAGCGGGCGAAAAUGUGGAAGUUCGCAGGUAUAAACGAUUAACACAGCUGGAACUAGAGAAUCAGGCACUUGUUUCUCUAAAUAACGUUCAACCAGGAGAUUGUAUAGUCUGCUUUAACAAGAAUGAUAUAUUUACCGUUUCACGUUCUCUCGAGAGCAGAGGAAUAGAAGUGGCGGUAAUAUAUGGCAGUCUACCACCUGGUACAAAACUGGCACAAGCUGCAAAAUUUAAUGAUCCUAAGAAUUCUUGCAAGGUUUUAGUAGCAACCAAUGCGAUCGGAAUGGGUUUGAACUUACAUAUUCGGAGGAUUAUAUUUUACUCAUUGAUUCAACCAACAAUAAACGAAAAAGGUGAAAAAGAAAUGGAUGUUAUAUCUGUGUCAGCAGCUCUACAAAUAGCAGGUCGCGCUGGACGUUACGGCACAAUGUGGACUACGGGUUACGUAACGACGUUUAAACGAGAGGAUUUACCUACUUUAAAACAUCUACUAGGUCAAACACCGGAAAUAAUAACCCAAGCAGGUCUUCACCCAACGGCAGAUCAAAUCGAGUUAUACGCUUAUCAUUUACCAAACUCACCAUUGUCUAAUCUCAUGGAUAUCUUCGUGUCAUUGUGCACAGUUGAUAAUUCUCUUUAUUUUAUGUGCAAUUUGGACGAUUUUAAGUUCCUAGCUGAUAUGAUACAGCACGUUCCUUUGCCUCUCCGAGCGAGAUAUGUGUUUUGUUGCGCACCGAUUAACAGAAAAUUAGCGUACGUGUGCACUAUGUUCCUCAAGUUUGCACGGCAAUAUAGCAAAAAUGAUGCAAUAACAUUCAAUUGGUUAUGUCAACAUAUUGGAUGGCCAUUUGCAACACCAAAAACUAUUCUCGAUCUCGUUCAUCUGGAAGGCGUAUUUGACGUCCUGGAUCUUUACCUAUGGUUAAGCUAUCGUUUCAUGGAUUUAUUUCCGGAUGCUAAAGUAGUUCGUGAUAUGCAGAAAGAACUCGAUGCGUUAAUUGAAACAGGCAUCAUUAAAUUAACAAUAUUGUUAUCAAACUCCGAUGCAAGUGACAACACAGAAAAUGAUAGCUUCGAGUUGCAGACGCAAAAACAAAAUUUUUAUAAAGGUCAUCAAGCAAUCGCUAAACGUGGCAUAGGUAAAGGUAAAUUAACUGAGAGGUUAGUAGCAGAAGGACUCUUAACACCUCAAAUGUUACGCGAAUUGCAAUCUGAAUGGAUGAAGUCAAUUAAAAAAAAAGAAUAAUGUAACUAUGGUGUAUAAAAAAAAUAUAAUAAAAAUCAUAAACAAUUCUGA